AUGUCUCUCCAGACCUGCCAGUCCAAAGUUGGUCGGUGUAACCUUGGACUCCCCCCAACUUGUGCUAUUCAUGUGUGGAAUCUCACUGUUGGUGUGGACAUCAUUCAAGCUGGUAUUCCAAAGCAACUGGAGGUUCCCACUUCAUUAGAGCUGUGUUUCGGAGGGCUGGAGAGAGCGCAAGCACUACGUCUGUCUCUGACAGCUAGUCGAGGUGAUAACCGAGAAGAUUUGGUGGAAAGGGCCGAAGACGGAACUAAAUUUCAGGAGAGAAGAAGCCAGAAAGGCUUUAAGGAUGACACCUGCUACACUGGCACUGACAUGGCAUCAGAUGAUACUCAUAUCAUGUUCACCAACACGAUCCGCAACAAUGAAACCGAUAUCAUCACCAGAAGUUACAUCAAUAUCACAUUUGGGUGUCGAUACCCCAUAAACUACAUGGUUCAGCAGCAAAACGGGGAGAAUCUGAUCAGAGUGGAUGUGAGGACAAUCACUCUGAACACAGAGGAUGGAAAUUUCUCGGUCUCCAUGCUGCUGUAUAAAGACGAAGAGUUUCAGGAUAAAUGGACCACUGUUCCUUCUCUCACACUUGAGGACAACAUCUAUGUCAAAGUUUACAUGAUUCCAGCAAAUCUGUUUCUGAGAGUGGAGAGGUGUUGGGCCACACCAACCAAUGACCCUUACAGCAACAUUCAGUACACCUUAAUCAGGAACAGCUGUCCAGUGUUGUGGAACGACGAGACACUAGCUGUGAUGAAGAAUGGUCAAGGACCAGAAGCUCUGUUCAGGAUACAAAUGUUCAAGUUUGUUGGCAGCUCCUACACGGAUGUUUUCCUGCAUUGCAACGUCCAGAUCUGUCAUAACACAGGAGUGUGCCAGCCUAACUGCUCUGCUGAAGAUGCAUCAGUACGGACACGUAGGGAUGUUGCAUCGUCUCACACAGUCUCAUAUGGACCAAUCAGAAGACACAAAACUAACAUGGAGAAUACUAAUCUGAGUUCAGAUUUGCCCCCUGUGGAAACCUUUGUGUUGGGUGGUCUGCUGGUCAUCCUGAUUGUCAUCACAGGAGUUUUUGGGAAACUCUGGCUGCAGAGCAGAAACUCGUAUCCGACCCAAGAGGCCCAGCUCACUCUCUCCAACAUCCACCAUAUCUCAGAAGUGGCCAGCUAACUUGGGUUCUCAUAUACACACAGUGUUGUGCGAAUUGCGUUCAGUUUGAAAGUUUUGUCUGCUAACCUGUAGUGCAUUUUUUAGUAGUUGUUCUUUUU